AUGGACCAGUCGUCCGCUUUCAAGGGUGAUAAGUUCGCCACGGCUAUGACUGAAGAAGAAGACGAAGACAUCACACCCGAUUUGUGGCAAGAAGCUUGUUGGGUGGUGAUAUCAGCAUACUUCGACGAAAAGGGCUUGGUCAGACAACAGUUGGAUUCUUUCGACGAAUUCAUUCAGAUGUCUGUCCAGCGCAUCGUUGAAGAUUCGCCGCCUAUCGAGUUGCAGACCGAAGCUCAGCAUCUCACUGGUGAAAUUGAAAUUCCGACGAAAUUCAGCCUGAAAUUCGAACAGAUCUAUUUGUCAAAACCAACUCAUUGGGAGAAAGACGGAGCCCCGGCACCGAUGAUGCCGAAUGAAGCGCGUCUGAGAAACUUGACUUAUUCUGCGCCUCUGUACGUCGAUAUAACGAAGACGAUCAGCCGUGACGGCGAGGAGACGAAAAACAUUAAGUACGAAAAAGUGUUCAUCGGUAAAAUCCCUAUCAUGCUCCGGUCUACGUACUGUUUGCUGAACGGACUGAUGGACCGUGACCUGACGGAGCUAAACGAGUGUCCGCUUGAUCCGGGCGGUUAUUUUAUUAUAAACGGCAGCGAGAAGGUGUUGAUCGCUCAAGAGAAGAUGGCCACCAAUACCGUGUACGUGUUCAACAUGAAGGAAGGCAAGUACGCUUACAAAGCGGAGUGCCGUUCGUGCCUAGAAAACAGCAGUCGUCCAACAACCACCGUCUGGGUGAACAUGCUGGCACGGAGCGGGGGUGGGGUGCACAAGAGCGCGACCGGUCAACGGAUUCUGGCCGUCCUGCCGUACAUCCAGCAGGAAAUUCCGGUGAUGAUCGUGUUUCGCGCGUUGGGGUUCGUGGCCGAUCGUGACAUCCUCGAACACAUCAUCUAUGACUUCGAUGACCCAGAAAUGAUGGAGAUGGUCAAGCCGUCGUUGGACGAAGCAUUCGUCGUCCAGGAACAGAAUGUGGCGCUGAACUUCAUCGGCGCGAGAGGUGCGCGCUCUGGUGUCACCAAGGAAAAGCGCAUCAAAUACGCUCGCGAGAUCCUACAGAAGGAGAUGCUGCCUCACGUCGGCGUCAGUGACUUUUGCGAGACGAAGAAGGCCUACUUCCUCGGCUACAUGGUACACCGACUGUUGAUGGCGGCGCUUGGCCGGCGCGAGUUCGACGACCGCGAUCACUACGGCAACAAACGUCUCGAUUUAGCUGGACCUCUGCUCGCUUUUCUGUUCCGCGGUCUGUUCAGGACGCUGCUGAAGGAGGUGCGACUGGUCGCUCAGAAGUACAUCAACAAAUCAGGUGAUUUCAACCUCGAACUGUGCGUGCGAACCAGCAUCAUCACCAAAGGUCUGCAGUACUCGCUGGCCACCGGCAACUGGGGCGACCAGAAGAAGGCUCAUCAGACCAGAGCUGGCGUAUCUCAAGUGUUGAAUAGACUCACCUAUGCUGCAACGCUCAGUCAUCUGCGACGACUGAACUCACCGAUCGGCAGGGAAGGAAAGCUGGCCAAACCACGUCAGUUGCACAAUACGUUAUGGGGCAUGAUCUGCCCGGCUGAAACGCCAGAAGGCCAGGCCGUCGGUCUGGUCAAGAAUCUGGCGUUAAUGGCUUACAUUUCAGUCGGUUCACAGCCUGCACCAAUUCUCGAGUUUCUCGAAGAGUGGUCCAUGGAAAAUCUGGAAGAAAUAUGCCCUGCGGCCAUCGCCACUGCCACGAAGGUUUUUUUACCGUUGUUAGCCUUAAGCUUUUACAUAGGUUUUUAGCG